UUAUACAGAAUAGUACAUGUACCAGGCCCCACUUAAUUCAUAAUAGGUAUUUAAUUAAGUUAUUCUUUAUGCAGAGGCAUUCGUGGACAUGCCUAGCAAUGAAUUUUUGCGUCAUUCUUCUUCUUCAUUCUUCAUCACAAUGCAGACCACCAUUUUGGAACGAAGCUUUCGCUCUCACCAGUAUUUAGAAAGACGGCAACCAUUAUCUUUUAGAGAUGUUUUCAGUUAUCUCAUAAGCACUCCAGCUGUUUUAUUCACGAGCCUUUGGCUUGUAUUACUGUACACAAUAAACAAAAAAGCUUUAACUGAAAGCAAAUUAGUGGGCUCCCUGUGUCUUUGGCGGGAAACCCCAUGAGCACGCGCGCGCUAUGUACUUGACACAGUAUAGGACUACAUGGAGAUGAUCAAAAUUUGCUCUGAAAAUAUCUACUCUGAAAAUAUCUACUCUAAAAUAUAAACGUGAAGUACGAUGAUAAAAGACUCGUCCGUUUUUUUCCAAAAGAAAAGACGCACAGAUACAACAAUAAAACUAGAAAGGUCCAGCCAGUCUGAUUCAAAUGUUGGCCACGUUAUUGAACAUUACCCCAGUCCCCUUUCGGCUGAAGAGCAGGAUGCACCUGCGAAGAGUAAAUGUUGUCAACCGGAAAAUGACGGUGGAGGUAGAGAGGAGGACAGCUUACAAGACAAAGAGGGAAUGAUCGAUAUCGGUAGAGAGGAGGACGGCUUACAAGACAAAGAGGGAAUGAUCGAUGGAGGUAGAGAGGAGGACGGCUUACAAGAAAAAGAGGGAAUGAUCGUGGAGGAUGAUUCCGACAAGAAAGAAGACUCUUUUACGGAAUUCGAUUCUCCAAAAAAAGAAAAAAGUGGAAAAAACAGGAAAGGUUUUUCGACAGACAGGAUUUUGCCAUGCAGAAAAAAGAAGUUUAACAGCAAGUCGCACAAAUGCUGCUAUGGACGCAUAAUACCUAAGUAUCUGAAGUGUGAGAUGUUCCUCCGAUGUGGCAAAAACUUUUACAACCUUCGAGACUAUCGAUACUGCGGUAACCACUACAUCUUCAACAGAAGAUUUCACAAGUGCUGUCACAAUCAAGUUAUCCCUAUCCUAGAACAAUGCCAGCAAAUGCAAGUGUGUGGGAUGAAACCUUAUGACAUGGAAAAGAAUGCGUGUUGUAACAAUAAACACAUUUACAACCCUGAUACCCACAGGUGCUGUUUUGGGAAGCUGAUAGCAGUAGACAAGCCAUGUGUGAUGAAGUAUCAUACAGUACCGCACGCGUUUUGUGGGCGAGAGAGCUAUGACCCGCUAAGAUAUAGAUGUUGCAAUCAUCAACACAUCUAUAAUCCCAAAACCAGCAAAUGCUGCUUUAUUCAUGUCAUUCCAUUAGAUGCAGCUUGUAUAAAACUCUUACAAUGCGGAAAAAAGUUUUACGACCCACUGAAAGAGAAAUGUGCGAAAAACAAGUACGUCUACAAUCCCAAGAUAUAUAAAUACUGCUACGGAAGAAUCAUCCCAGUAAAACAACACUGCAUCAAACUUCCCCGAUGUGGAAAAAGAUUCUACAACCCCAUAAAGUACAGAUGUGCACACAACAAGUACAUCUACAACCCCAAGACCCACAAGUACUGCUAUGGAAGAAUAAUCCCUAAAGGGAAACACUGCGUCAAGUUGCCGCGAUGUGGAAAGCGAUUCUACAACCCAAUGAAGUACAGAUGUGCACACAACAAGUACAUCUACAACCCCAAGACCCAUAAGUACUGCUAUGGAAGAAUUAUUCCAAUAAAAAAGCACUGUGUCAAGCUUCCACGAUGUGGAAAAAACUUCUAUAAUUCAAUGAAGUACAGAUGUGCACACAAUAAAUACAUCUACAAUCCUAAGACCCAGAAGUACUGCUAUGGUAGAAUCAUCCCUAAAAGAAAACACUGCGUCAAACUUUCAAGAUGUGGGAAGCAUUUCUACAAUCCCAAACAGUACAGAUGUGCAAAUAAUGAAUACAUCUACGACCCAAAAAAGUACAAAUUCUGCUACGGAAGAAUAAUCCCAGUUCAAGGACACUGUUUGAAACUUUCGCGAUGUGGGAAGCAGUUUUACAAUCCCAAAAAGUACAAAUGUGCACACAACAAAUACAUCUACGAUCCCAAAAUGUAUAAGAAUUGCUAUGGAAGAAUUAUCCCAGUGACAAACAAAUGCGUAAAACUUUCCAAAUGUGGGAAGCAUUUCUACGACCCACAAAGGUACAAAUGUGCACACAACAGAUACAUCUAUGACCCCAAAAUGUAUAAGAACUGCUAUGGAAGAAUUAUCCCAGUGACAAAGAAAUGCGUCAAACUUUCGAAAUGUGGGAAACAUUUCUACGACCCGCAAGAGUACAGAUGUGCACACAACAGAUACAUCUACGAUCCCAAAAUGUACAAGAAUUGCUAUGGACGAAUCAUCCCAGUGGCAAAGAAAUGCGUCAAACUUUUGAAAUGUGGGAAGCAUUUCUACGACCCGCAAGAGUACAGAUGUGCACACAACAAAUACAUCUACGAUCCCAAAAUGUAUAAGCACUGCUAUGGAAGAAUCAUCCCAGUGACAAAGAAAUGCGUCAAACUUUUGAAAUGUGGGAAGCAUUUCUACGACCCGCAAGAGUACAGAUGUGCACACAACAAAUACAUCUACGAUCCCAAAAUGUAUAAGCACUGCUAUGGAAGAAUUAUCCCAGUGACAAAGAAAUGCGUCAAACUUUCAAAAUGCGGGAAGCAUUUCUACGACCCGCAAGAGUACAGAUGUGCACACAACAAAUACAUCUACGAUCCCAAAAUGUAUAAGCACUGCUAUGGAAGAAUUAUCCCAGUGACAAAGAAAUGCGUCAAACUUUCAAAAUGCGGGAAGCAUUUCUACGACCCGCAAGAGUACAGAUGUGCACACAACAAAUACAUCUACGAUCCCAAAAUGUAUAAGCACUGCUAUGGAAGAAUUAUUCCAGUGACAAAGAAAUGCGUCAAACUUUCAAAAUGUGGGAAACAUUUCUACGACCCGCAAGAGUACAGAUGUGCACACAACAGAUACAUCUACGAUCCCAAAAUGUAUAAGUACUGCUACGGAAGAAUUAUCCCUAAAAGAAAACACUGCGUAAAACUACCGCGAUGUGGAAAGCGAUUCUACAACCCAAUGAAGUACAGAUGUGCACACAACAAGUACAUCUACAACCCCAAGACCCACAAGUACUGCUAUGGAAGAAUCAUCCCUAAAGGAAAACACUGCGUCAAGUUGCCGCGAUGUGGAAUGCGAUUCUUCAAUCCAACGAAGUACAGAUGUGCACACAACAAGUACAUCUACAACCCCAAGACCCACAAGUACUGCUAUGGAAGGAUCAUCCCUAAAGGCAAACACUGCGUGAAGUUGCCGCGAUGUGGAAAGCGAUUCUACAAUCCAAUGAAGUACAGAUGUGCACACAACAAGUACAUCUACAACCCCAAGACCCACAAGUACUGCUAUGGAAGAAUCAUCCCUAAAGGAAAACACUGCGUGAAGUUGCCGCGAUGUGGAAAGCGAUUCUACAACCCUAUAAAGUACAGAUGUGCACACAACAAGUACAUCUACAACCCCAAGACCCACAUGUACUGCUAUGGAAGAAUAAUCCCUAAACGAGAACAGUGCUUAAAGCUGCCGAGAUGUGGGAAGAAAUUCUACAACCCAAUAAAGUACAGAUGUGCACACAACAAGUACAUCUACAACCCCAAGACCCACAAGUACUGCUAUGGAAGAAUAAUCCCUAAAGAAAAACACUGCGUCAAGUUGCCGCGAUGUGGGAAGCGAUUCUACAAUCCAAUGAAAUACAGAUGUGCACACAACAAGUAUACUUACAACCCCAAGACCCACAAGUACUGCUAUGGAAGAAUAAUCCCUAAAGAAAAACACUGCGUCAAGUUGCCUAGAUGUGGGAAGAAAUUCUACAACCCAAUAAAGUACAGAUGUGCACACAACAAGUACAUCUACAACCCCAAGACCCACAAGUACUGCUAUGGAAGAAUAAUCCCUAAAGAAAAACACUGCGUCAAGUUGCCGCGAUGUGGAAAGCGAUUCUACAACCCAAUGAAGUACAGAUGUGCACACAACAAGUACAUCUACAACCCCAAGACCCACAAGUACUGCUAUGGAAGGAUCAUCCCUAAAGGCAAACACUGCGUCAAGCUGCCGCGAUGUGGAAAGCGAUUCUACAACCCAAUGAAGUACAGAUGUGCAUACAACAAGUACAUCUACAACCCCAAGACCCACAAGUACUGCUAUGGAAGAAUAAUCCCUAAACGAGAACAGUGCUUAAAGCUGCCGCGAUGUGGAAAGCGAUUCUACAACCCAAUAAAGUACAGAUGUGCACACAAUAAGUACAUCUACAACCCCAAGACCCACAAGUACUGCUAUGGAAGAAUCAUCCCUAAAGGAAAACACUGCGUGAAGUUGCCGCGAUGUGGAAAGCGAUUCUACAACCCAAUGAAGUACAGAUGUGCACACAACAAGUACAUCUACAACCCCAAGACCCAUAAGUACUGCUAUGGAAGGAUCAUCCCUAAAGGCAAACACUGCGUCAAGUUGCCGCGAUGUGGAAAGCGAUUCUACAAUCCAAUGAAAUACAGAUGUGCACACAACAAGUACAUCUACAACCCCAAGACCCACAAGUACUGCUAUGGAAGAAUCAUUCCGAAAAGAAAACACUGCGUCAAGUUGCCGCGAUGUGGAAAGCGGUUCUACAACCCAAUGAAGUACAGAUGUGCACACAACAAGUACAUCUACAACCCCAAGACCCAUAAGUACUGCUAUGGAAGAAUCAUCCCUAAAGGCAAACACUGCGUCAAGUUGCCUAGAUGUGGGAAGAAAUUCUACAACCCAAUAAAGUACAGAUGUGCACACAACAAGUACAUCUACAACCCCAAGACCCACAAGUACUGCUAUGGAAGAAUAAUCCCUAAAGAAAAACACUGCGUCAAGUUGCCGCGAUGUGGAAAGCGAUUCUACAACCCAAUGAAGUACAGAUGUGCACACAACAAGUACAUCUACAACCCCAAGACCCAUAAGUACUGCUAUGGAAGGAUCAUCCCUAAAGGCAAACAGUGCGUCAAGCUGCCGCGAUGUGGAAAGCGAUUCUACAACCCAAUGAAGUACAGAUGUGCAUACAACAAGUACAUCUACAACCCCAAGACCCACAAGUACUGCUAUGGAAGAAUAAUCCCUAAACGAGAACAGUGCUUAAAGCUGCCGCGAUGUGGAAAGCGAUUCUACAACCCAAUAAAGUACAGAUGUGCACACAAUAAGUACAUCUACAACCCCAAGACCCACAAGUACUGCUAUGGAAGAAUAAUCCCUAAAGGAAAACACUGCGUGAAGUUGCCGCGAUGUGGAAAGCGAUUCUACAACCCAAUGAAGUACAGAUGUGCACACAACAAGUACAUCUACAACCCCAAGACCCACAAGUACUGCUAUGGAAGAAUCAUCCAAAAAGGAAAACACUGCGUAAAGCUACUACGAUGUGGAAAGCGAUUCUACAACCCAAUGAAAUACAGAUGUGCACACAACAAGUACAUCUUCAACCCCAAGACCCACAAGUACUGCUAUGGAAGAAUCAUCCCUAAACGAGAACAGUGCUUAAAGCUGCCGAGAUGUGGGAAAAUAUUCUACAACCCAAUAAAGUACAGAUGUGCACGCAACAAGUACAUCUACAACCCCAAGACCCACAAAUACUGCUAUGGAAGAAUUAUUUCAAUAAGUGCGCAUUGUUCUCACGUUUCCCAUCUUCCUCAAGUUAAAGGCUGCCAAGCACUUAUUGAAAAGAAUCACUACGACCCUCGUAAGUUCAAGUGCUGCGGGAAUCGUUUGGUCUACAAUGUCAAGACCGAUAAAUGCUGCAACGGAAAAGUCAUCCCUAAAAACAAACAUUGCGUUGAGCUGCCGCGAUGUGGAAAGCGAUUCUACAAUCCAAUGAAGUACAGAUGUGCACACAACAAGUACAUCUACAACCCCAAGACCCACAAGUACUGCUAUGGAAGGAUCAUCCCUAAAGGGAAACACUGCGUCAAGUUGCCGCGAUGUGGGAAGCGAUUCUACAACCCAAUGAAGUACAGAUGUGCUCACAACAAGUACAUCUACAACCCCAAGACUCACAAGUACUGCUAUGGAAGAAUCAUCCAAAAAGGAAAACAUUGCGUAAAGCUACUACGAUGUGGAAUACGAUUCUACAACCCAAUGAAAUACAGAUGUGCACACAACAAGUACAUCUACAACCCCAAGACCCACAAGUACUGCUAUGGAAGAAUCAUCCCUAAAGGGAAACACUGCGUCAAGUUGCCGCGAUGUGGAAUGCGAUUCUACAACCCAAUAAAGUACAGAUGUGCACACAACAAGUACAUCUACAACCCCAAGACCCACAAGUACUGCUAUGGAAGAAUCAUCCCUAAAGGCAAACACUGCGUCAAGUUGCCGCGAUGUGGAAAGCUAUUCUACAACCCAAUGAAGUACAGAUGUGCACACAACAAGUACAUUUACAACCCCAAGACCCACAAGUACUGCUAUGGAAGAAUCAUCCCUAAAGGGAAACACUGCGUCAAGUUGCCGCGAUGUGGGAAGCGAUUCUACAACCCAAUGAAGUACAGAUGUGCAUACAACAAGUACAUCUACAACCCCAAGACCCAUAAGUACUGCUAUGGAAGGAUCAUCCCUAAAGGCAAACACUGCGUCAAGCUGCCGCGAUGUGGAAAGCGAUUCUACAACCCAAUGAAGUACAGAUGUGCUCACAACAAGUACAUCUACAACCCCAAGACCCACAAGUACUGCUAUGGAAGAAUCAUCCCUAAAGGCAAACACUGCGUCAAGUUGCCGCGAUGUGGAAAGCUAUUCUAUAACCCAAUGAAGUACAGAUGUGCACACAACAAGUACAUCUACAACCCCAAGACCCACAAGUACUGCUAUGGAAGAAUCAUCCCUAAAGGCAAACACUGCGUCAAGUUGCCGCGAUGUGGAAAGCUAUUCUAUAACCCAAUGAAGUGCAGAUGUGCACACAACAAGUACAUCUACAACCCCAAGACCCACAAGUACUGCUAUGGAAGAAUCAUCCCUAAAGGCAAACACUGCGUCAAGUUGCCGCGAUGUGGAAAGCUAUUCUAUAACCCAAUGAAGUACAGAUGUGUACACAACAAGUACAUCUACAACCCCAAGACCCACAAGUACUGCUAUGGAAGAAUCAUCCCUAAAGGGAAACACUGCGUGAAGUUGCCGCGAUGUGGAAAGCGAUUCUACAACCCAAUGAAGUACAGAUGUGCACACAAUAAGUACAUCUACAACCCCAAGACCCACAAGUACUGCUAUGGAAGAAUCAUCCCUAAAGGCAAACACUGCGUCAAGUUGCCGCGAUGUGGAAAGCUAUUCUAUAACCCAAUGAAGUACAGAUGUGCACACAACAAGUACAUCUACAACCCCAAGACCCAUAAGUACUGCUAUGGAAGAAUCAUCCCUAAAGGCAAACACUGCGUCAAGCUGCCGCGAUGUGGAAAGCUAUUCUAUAACCCAAUGAAGUACAGAUGUGCACACAACAAGUACAUCUACAACCCCAAGACCCAUAAGUACUGCUAUGGAAGAAUCAUCCCUAAAGGGAAACACUGCGUCAAGUUGCCGCGAUGUGGAAAGCGAUUCUACAACCCAAUAAAGUACAGAUGUGCACACAACAAGUACAUCUACAACCCCAAGACCCACAAGUACUGCUAUGGAAGGAUCAUCCCUAAAGGCAAACACUGCGUCAAGUUGCCGCGAUGUGGAAAGCUAUUCUAUAACCCAAUGAAGUACAGAUGUGCACACAACAAGUACAUCUACAACCCCAAGACUCACAAGUACUGCUAUGGAAGGAUCAUCCCUAAAGGCAAACACUGCGUCAAGUUGCCGCGAUGUGGAAAGCUAUUCUAUAACCCAAUGAAGUACAGAUGUGCACACAACAAGUACAUCUACAACCCCAAGACCCACAAGUACUGCUAUGGAAGAAUCAUCCCUAAAGGGAAACACUGCGUGAAGUUGCCGCGAUGUGGAAAGCGAUUCUACAACCCAAUGAAGUACAGAUGUGCACACAAUAAGUACAUCUACAACCCCAAGACUCACAAGUACUGCUAUGGAAGGAUCAUCCCUAAAGGCAAACACUGCGUCAAGUUGCCGCGAUGUGGAAAGCUAUUCUAUAACCCAAUGAAGUACAGAUGUGCACACAACAAGUACAUCUACAACCCCAAGACCCACAAGUACUGCUAUGGAAGAAUCAUCCCUAAAGGGAAACACUGCGUGAAGUUGCCGCGAUGUGGAAAGCGAUUCUACAACCCAAUGAAGUACAGAUGUGCACACAAUAAGUACAUCUACAACCCCAAGACCCACAAGUACUGCUAUGGAAGAAUCAUCCCUAAAGGCAAACACUGCGUCAAGUUGCCGCGAUGUGGAAAGCUAUUCUAUAACCCAAUGAAGUACAGAUGUGCACACAACAAGUACAUCUACAACCCCAAGACCCAUAAGUACUGCUAUGGAAGAAUCAUCCCUAAAGGCAAACACUGCGUCAAGCUGCCGCGAUGUGGAAAGCUAUUCUAUAACCCAAUGAAGUACAGAUGUGCACACAACAAGUACAUCUACAACCCCAAGACCCACAAGUACUGCUAUGGAAGGAUCAUCCCUAAAGGCAAACACUGCGUCAAGUUGCCGCGAUGUGGGGAGCGAUUCUACAACCCAAUAAAGUACAGAUGUGCACACAACAAGUACAUCUAUAACCCCAAGACCCACAAGUACUGCUAUGGAAGAAUCAUCCCUAAAGGGAAACAAUGCGUCAGGUUGCCGCGAUGUGGAAAGCUAUUCUAUAACCCAAUGAAGUACAGAUGUGCACACAAGUACAUCUAUAACCCCAAGACCCACAAGUACUGCUAUGGAAGAAUCAUCCCUAAAGGGAAACAAUGCGUCAGGUUGCCGCGAUGUGGAAAGCGAUUCUACAACCCAAUGAAGUACAGAUGUGCACACAACAAGUACAUCUACAACCCCAAGACCCACAAGUACUGCUAUGGAAGAAUCAUCCCUAAAGGCAAACACUGCGUCAAGUUGCCGCGAUGUGGAAAGCGAUUCUACAACCCAAUGAAGUACAGAUGUGCUCACAACAAGUACAUCUACAACCCCAAGACCCACAAGUACUGCUAUGGAAGAAUAAUCUCAAUAAGUGCGCAUUGUUCUCACGUUUCCCAUCUUCCUCAAGUUAAGGGCUGCCAAGCAAUUAUGGAAAAAAAUCACUACGACCCUCGUAAGUUCAAGUGCUGCGGGAACCGCUAUGUCUACAAUGUGAAGAUCCAAAAAUGCUGCUUCGGUCGUGUCGUGCCGUUGCGCACGGUGUGCGAGAAGGCAUUCACCUGUGGCCAUCGCUCAUACAAUCCCCGUACAUCUAGGUGCUGCGACGGCCGUAAAGUGUACGACUACCGACGUGAGAAAUGCUGCUGUAAUGGUGCCGUGGUGCCUAUCCAAGGCGCAUGCGUGAAGCUCGCUCGUUGCGGCGCUGCGUUCUAUGAUCCUAUCAAGUCGAGGUGUUGUGAUAAUCGCUGUGUUUAUAAUCCCAAAACCAACAAGUGCUGUAGAGGCCGUGUCGUCUCAUUAAAGAUAAGGUGUGGGUAGAUUCCUGGACUUGGUUAGAUAAAGGGCACACUCUCAACAACAGCACAAUAGAUAAUAUUGAUAAAGUGAUAAUGUUUCUAUUUUUUGUAGUUCUACUUGCACAGUUAGGCAUGUAAACAAAAAUUGAAAGUGAAAAUUGAAAGUUUUAAUGGUGCAUUUCUCGUAUCAUUACAAUGAUAAUAAAGCGAAUUUAAAAGUUA